UCUAUAUCCUAUUGGAUUCUAGAGAGAGAAGCUAUAGCAUCAGGCUCAAAUCAACACCAAGAUAACAUGGGGAGAGCUCCUUGCUGUGAUAAAGCAAACGUCAAGAAAGGGCCAUGGUCACCUGAAGAGGAUAACAAGCUCAAGUCAUAUAUAGAGCAGCAUGGCACCGGUGGCAACUGGAUCGCUCUACCACAAAAGAUCGGUCUUAAGAGAUGCGGCAAAAGUUGCCGGCUUAGAUGGUUAAACUAUCUACGCCCAAAUAUCAAGCAUGGAGGAUUUUCAGAAGAGGAAGAUGACAUAAUUUGCAGCCUCUAUAUCAGUAUCGGAAGCAGGUGGUCUAUUAUUGCAGCACAAUUACCAGGAAGAACGGAUAAUGACAUAAAGAACUACUGGAACACAAGGCUGAAGAAGAAGCUUCUUGGCAAGCAGAGAAAGGAACAACAGGCUGCUCGUAGAGGUAGCAGCAUAAAGCAGGAGAUGAUGAAGAGAUCAGGCGGUGGGAGUUCCAUGGUUCCUAACAGUAGUAAUAACCAAAACCCUCAAUGGGCGCCAGGGCUGCCGCCUGCACUGCUGGCGCCCAUACCAUACUCAAACCAAGAACCUCGUGUUAAUGACCAUGCAUCCAUCAGGAAAUUGCUCAUCAAACUUGGAGGAAGAUUUUCUCAGGAUGAUCUGCCAAUCCAGCUUCAUGGGACAAGUACUCAUCAUUUCGCAAAUUAUAAUACUUCCAGCACUGGUCAACAAAUAUAUCAGGCUGUUAAUAUCCCAACUUCUCCCACAGAUGCAUUCAACAGCACUGGCAGUGCUACUCAAUUUGCACAAGCCCAGUCCUACGUGGAUGAGGCAGAAUUAAACGUGCUGCAAGGAAAAAUUAACAGUUUUCCGGCAGAGCUUGAUCAUCAGGAAAUCGUAUACAACAAUCCACAAGGACUAGAUGGGCUCGAGUUCUUAUGUGGGGAAGGCAUGGUCGAUAAUAUUAGAAUUGGCACUAGUAUUUCUGGUACUGAAAGUAAUUUUUGGGGAGAGAUGAGCUCUCUGGUUUAUCCUCCUGUGGCUUCCAACUAUGGAGGUAUGCAACAAGGAACUGAUCUACAAGAAUGUGCUUUCGGAGAGCUAAGGUACCACCGAGCAAAUUAACUUGCUACAUGUACAAGCGGUAAAAAUUGAUCUAGCAACUGGAAAGUGGUGUUAAUGGACUCUAAGAUCAGAAAACCCUAAUAAACUCAAUGGUAAUGUGUUUGCUCUAUCCAUGGUACUGAACUAUAUAUAGUACUUUGUCUACUAUUUUGUGAGUGAUAAGCUAGCACUUUUCUUGGGUACUGUACAUAAUGGCUGGGGGGGUUUCAUCAGCUUCUGCUCCAUAUACAUUGGUAACAUUUAUGUGGGUAUAAAUUAUGAACUCUUGCUUCUAAAAUAAUGAAGAAAUGAU